AUGGCGUCAUAUUCGCUCGCCGACCUCGUUUCGGCUCUGCCAGAAGGCGAUGGAUGGGGCCCUCCCGUUGUCAGUGAGACCACCCUGAACGGCGUUCCGUAUGCGCCGUUCUCCAAGGGCGACAAGCUGGGUCGCAUGGCCGACUGGACCGCCGACAGCAAGGACGGCCGAGACGGUCGAGGAGGCCGACAACAAUACAACCGCAACUACAGGGAUCAGCAAAUAUACGGUGCCGGCAGCGCCGCUCUUUUCACCGCUCCUGUCGCCGAGGACGAAAACACCUUCUCAGUCGUCAGCAGAGAACCCACGAAGACGAGAUACGGACGGGGCGCUGUGUUCACCCGCGGCCGCGGUCAGCGUGGCGGGCGUGGGGAUGCCAGAGGCGGUCGCCAGACACUGCAGCGGGGCGGACGAGGUGGUCAGCAGGGCGGUUACGGAUACGACAACCGAGGAGGACGGGGGAAUGCCAGAGGCGGUCGUCGCUUUGGCUGGAAAGACUGGGACAAGCCCGCCCGGAACCGCGAUGCCUCGAUCAACAUCAAGCCGGACUGGCAGCUACUGGAGGAAAUUGAUUUCAACAGACUGGCCAAGCUGAACCUCGACGCCGAUGAGGGAGAAGAUGUCGAAAGCUACGGUUUCCUCUACUACUACGAUCGGUCAUUCGAUAAACAACCUGUCAAGGCGGCCGAGAGAAGGUUGACGGCAUUGGACAGGGCCACCUACAAUGUCACGACCUCCUCGGAUCCCGUCAUCCAGGAGAUGGCCGAAAGGGAUGAGGCAACUAUCUUCGCCACUGACAGCAUCCUCUCUAUGCUUAUGUGCUCGACUCGGUCUAUCUACCCUUGGGACAUGAUCAUUGUUCGACAGGGCAACAAGAUCUUCCUUGAUAAGCGCGACAAUGCCGCGCUUGACAUGGUGACAGUGAACGAGAACGCGGCCGAUGCGCCCUUGGAUGCCUCCGAAGGCAGCAAGGAUAGUGUCAACCAACCUGCUGCUCUCGCAGAAGAAGCUACCUACAUCAACCACAACUUUGCCAACCAGGUUGUUCUGGAGAAUCAGUCCCAAAGGGUCGAUAUGCCGCAAGACAACCCGUUCUACAACGCUUCCGAAGAAACCGAGCCUCCUGCAAGCAAGGCCUACAAAUACCGCAAGUUCGAUUUGUCAACUAGUGAAGAGGACCCGAUGUAUCUGGUCGUCCGAACUGAGAUCGAUGCGGUCCAGAAGAAUGCCAUCAGUGGCGACGACCAGUACCUGACAGUCAAGGCGCUCAACGAAUUUGACAGCAAAGCGCAAGGUAGUGGCGGUGCCCUGGAUUGGAGAACGAAGCUUGUCAGCCAGCGCGGUGCCGUCGUAGCUACUGAGAUGAAGAACAACAGCGUCAAGCUUGCCCGAUGGACAGUGCAGAGCAUCCUGUCCAAGGCAGAUGUCAUGAAGGUUGGAUUCGUAUCUCGUGCGAACCCCAAGACCAAUGACAAGCACGUCAUCUUGGGUGUGAUCGGGUGGAAGCCCAAGGACUUUGCCAACCAGAUGAACCUGUCCCUCUCCAACGGUUGGGGUAUUGUCCGUACCAUCGCAGACAUGUGCCUGAAGCGUGAGGAGGGCAAGUUCGUGCUCGUCAAGGACCCCAACAAGCAGAUACUCCGUCUGUAUGAAGUUCCCGCUGGUAGCUUCGACGACGAGGGCGAGGAUGAGUUCGAGGGACCGGGUGAGAUUGCAGAGGAAUAG